AAAGGCGAUGUCCCACUGAUAGAUGUACGGAACCACUAUGAGUCACGCAUCGGGUACUUCGUUACCGGAGACGGUAACGCAGCCGUGCGGCCAGCCGUGCGGAGAUUCAGCCAGUGGCCUGGUUACGUCGUCAGGCAUGUGUUAGGAAACGAUGUAUUUAAGAAGCCUACUGGAGUGGCGACGUAUUGUACGGGUGGGAUCCGGUGUGAGAAAGGGGCGCGCUGGAUGCAGGAGGCUUUGGCGGAUAACGGUGGAGAAGGCGGUGCGCCGGUCUAUACUCUACAUGGUGGUAUUGUAGCAUAUCAGGCUUGGAUUGAAAAGGAGAUUAAAGAGGGGAGGAAGAAGCCUGAGGAUAGCUUCUUCAAGGGCACGAACUACGUGUUUGAUGCGCGAGGGGCGAUCGGGAGACAGCAAGUGGUGUCGAAGUGUCAUGGGUGCGGAGAGGCAGAAGAUCGGCUCGGCAAGUGUGAAGUACCUCGUUGUCACUUGGUUCUCGUUGUUUGCGAGGCUUGUGAGGCAAAAGGUGGAAUCAGGUGUUGUGAGAACUGCCACCAUAUUCACGAGGGACAAGGGGUAGCUGGGCGAAAUACUCGGAUUUGUCAGUGCGAGAGCGAGCGAGAGAAGUCGCUUUGGGGUGACGGAGGAGCAAAGUUAAGUCAAGGGAGGAAACAGGUAAAGACAAAGAGCGCAACAACACGGUGA